GGAACCGACGGGUUACUGUCUCGGAAACUCUCAAUCACGCAAGCGAAAGGAGAGGAGGCGGCUAAUUAAAUAUUGAGCUGAAAGUCGCGUGGGGAGAGUGUCACGUGUGUCUCGAAGCUCGUCACGCCUGAGAUAAAUACCGCGAAGCACCGAGCAGGCGAAAGAGCGCGAUCGGACCUCCUCCUCCACCACAGCUGCAACCGAGAGUGCUGAGCGCUAGGCUUGCGCUCAGACGCCACAGGAUCCCUGCGGGUCGGUCCGCUGCAAAAUCCAACAUGAAAAUCCUCGUGGCCUUGGCAGUCUUUUUUCUCGUCUCCACUCAACUGUUUGCGGAAGAAAUCGGUGCCAACGAUGACCUAAAUUAUUGGUCCGACUGGUCCGACAGUGAUCAGAUCAAGGAAGAGCUGCCGGAGCCCUUUGAGCAUCUUCUGCAGAGAAUCGCCCGGAGACCCAAACCUCAGCAGUUCUUUGGAUUAAUGGGCAAACGGGAUGCUGAUUCCUCAAUUGAAAAACAAGUGGCCCUGUUAAAGGCUCUUUAUGGACAUGGCCAGAUCUCUCACAAAAGGCAUAAAACAGAUUCCUUUGUUGGACUAAUGGGAAAAAGAGCUUUAAAUUCUGUGGCUUAUGAAAGGAGUGCAAUGCAGAAUUAUGAAAGAAGACGUAAAUAGACUACCUACUGUAUUAUUUAUUCAGCAUCAUUCGUGUCAAUGGGCAAUGAACCGUAAAAUAAAAUAUGCACUAUAAGGAAUAAUUAUUUAUUUAAAAUCAAUUGUUGCGAUGAGCUGAAAACUCAAAAAAGUGUUUAUUUUUCAUAUUGUGCCAAUAUGUGUUGCAAACUUGUGUUGUGGUUCUAACAUGAUGACUCCUUCAGAAGUAGAAAUCAGUGGUAAUUUCAAUGAGAUUGUGAAACUCUGUCAAUGAUACAUUCUCCAAGGAAAGAACCCCACUGAACAGACACGUCAGCUCCUGCUGAAAUGGAGAAAACCCUUGUACAGUCUGUGCUUCCCUGUUUGUUUUCAUGGUGAAAAUGUACUGAGACUGUGGUAUCAAACUGCAUUUGUGUCCUUGCAGCAUGUUUCAUGUUUUGUGACUAUAUAGAGAUGUUUUAAAAUUUUUUAAUGUGAUCCUAAGGUCUUCAUUCAUUAUAUGAUGUGUUGUGACAACUACAUUUUAAAUAAAAGGGAAAAAAAUAA